UGAGCGGGGGGCGGCGGCGGGGGGCGGCGGCGCGGUCGGAGCUCACCGCCGCGGCGUUCCGCAUGGACCUCGGGUCGGCCGGCUGCCGGGGCGAUGGGGCAGGUCCUGGGAUUCGCCCACUGCAAAGAGUCUCCUUCGACUGCCUCUACCACACCUGAUUCUACAGAUGGAGCCAACGAAGAGUCUGACUUCCCUGAACUGCAGACAGCUCGGGAGUUUUCGGAGGAGGAGGAAGAGGAGGAGGGCUCUGUGGAAUGGGGGACUCCCCGGGAGCUGACUUUUUCCUACAUCACCAUUGCUACGCCCUCCGGCAGCAGCCCCAGUGCAGCAGAGCAUCGGGGCAGACGUGACUCCCAGACCCGCCGGACAAGGGCUCCGCUGCCCCGCACGGAGACUUGUGAAACUUUUGUGCCCACCCUGGGGGACAGUUUGGAGAACAUUCCCAGCCUCUGCCCAUCUCCAGAGGUAGAGGGGACCCUCCUCUCGGGCAGUGGCCAAGGACUGGAUGACUUUCCAUUGGACUGGGCUUCCCAGGUGGGCUGUGACAGCGACCUGGAUGCGGCCGAAGGGGAGGAACAGGCGACUCCCUGUUCCACGUCCCCAUCGCCAGCGGUGGAGACGGAAGGAGGUAGCAGCACGGCUUGCUCAGGAACAGAUGACCACAGGGAGACCCUCUCUCUGCCUGCUGCCUUAGUCUCCCACUCCGAAGCAGGCACCUCCUGCGGUGCUGACACACCCCAAGACCGAGCACUGACCUCAGCAGAGUUCUGCCAACCACCCCCACCUGAGGAAGAAGAAGAGGGGCCCAGCCAGGAACCCCAUCCUGAGCAGCUCCACGUUGAACCAGACCAGGCCGAGAACGUCCUGAACCUCCUAGUGGCCGACUUGGUGUACUGGCGGGACACCCGCAAAUCGGCCUUGGCGUUCACGGCGCUGAUGGUGGCCCUGCUCUGCCUGAUACACUUCAGCAUCAUCAGCGUGGCCUCCUACCUCUCCCUGGCCGCCCUUGGCAUCACCAUCUCGCUCAGGGGAUACAGCAAGGUGCUGCAGCUGGUCCGCCGGGGAGACGGGCACCACCCCUUCCAGGCCCAGCUGGAUGCAGACUUUGGGCUGUCCAAAGAACAGCUGGAGCGGCUGACCGAGCGGGUGGUGCAUCAUGUCACCUGGGGCACAAAGACUCUGCAGCGCCUUUUCUUGGUGGAUGACAUGGUGGAGUCCCUCAAGUUUGCUUUCUUGUUCUACGUCCUCACCUAUGUGGGAGCCGUUUUCAAUGGUCUGACGUUGCUUAUACUUGGUGUGAUAAGUGCAUUUACCUUCCCUCUGCUCUACAGGCAGCAUCAGGCACAGAUCGACCAGUAUGUAGAGCUGGUGAGGAACCAGUUGAGUAACCUCAGAGCAAAGAUGCUGGCCAUAUUGCCGACAGCAAAAGCGAAGGCAGAAUGAGGAGUCUCGGUGGUGCUUCUCUUCCCUGCUCACACAGAUGCAAACAACAACGCACAGCCUGCUUCUUCUUCUUCUUCCUUACUUCCCCUCCCCAGCCAUUGAGUAGUGACCCUUCCUCUCCCACUUUCCUUGGCCUGGAGGGGCUGGGCAGUUGCUGGUUUUCCUUCAGCUCCCCCCGAGAAAUUGGGGAACCCUUGCAAGGGGGUCGGGGGAGGACCAUCAUCCCUUUGAAUCUCAGCCCUGCAGUUGCAGAGGCUCAGGGAAGCUGCUAAGGGCUGCCUCUUUCCCUCCUGGGGAGGAGGGGGCUGAGAGAAGCCCCCACUCACCCACCCACAGCCAAGGAUUUGUCUACCAAGAGCCGAGGGGCUAGUAUCCCACGCUCCUUUCUCCCUCCAUGUCCUGGCAACUUCCUCCUCCUCCUCCUCCUCCUCCUCUUCCUCCUGCCUGCAGUAUUUGUCCUGGGUCCGGAGUUGAGGCCGGCCAACCUGGAGCAUCCUUCCCUCUUGAGGAAGGGGAGCCGCUCGAGGUUGGUCAGGACCACCUCUGCGCCCCCCCCCCCCGGUCUGUGGGAUAUUGUAGCUGUUCCCCCCCGCCCCUGCCUCUCGUCAUGGGCCGGGCUUCAGCUUGGCUGAUCAGCUGGCGGGUUGGGUGCAGCCAGUUCUUUUUGCCUGGAUAUUUACACUUUAAUAAAAACAGUUGUGAGAAAAAAAUAGGUACGCAUGA